GCAGCCCGCCGAGCGCUGGCCGGGCUCGUCAGGAAGAUGGAAGCGUGUGGUUUUGAUUUACUCCGGGCCGCCGGGGACUCGCCAGACUCUUAACCCCGCGGAGCCGCGUUGCUGUCGGUGUGUGUCUGUCUGCGGGACGUGGUGCGGCGGGGGGAGGUGAGUGGGCUCCGGCCGUGGGUCGGCGCGUUCCGUGCUCGUGGGUUUCUCUCGUUGUGCGAGAGGGGAGAGAGCGAGCGAGAGGCAGUCAGACUCUUGUUUUUAUUUGGGCUGCCGGUGCAACGCAUCGGGCCGGGCGCCAAGUGUCUGGGUCACACGCGUUUUAUCCAAAUAGAUCCAGCGCUGCUGUCUGGAAACGGGCUGCCGAAAGUUAACUUUAGGACCGGCUCGGAGGCAGCAGCCAGGCUCUUCCCUCCGCUCUCUAGGGAGGACGAGGUUUUUUUUGUUUUGUUUUUGUUUUUUUUUUUUAAUAUUUUUUUCUUUCCCCUCCUGAAUCCUCUCUGAGCGAUGUCUGCGAGCUCAGCGCUCCUCGGCGCUGCUGUUCCCGCUACGUUUUUUUUUUUUUUAAUUAUACUUUUUCCCGAGGGGUCGGUGCGUGCGGCCGUUGUCCCCGUCCUGUAGCGCGUGCAUACGUGUGGGCGGUGGUACAGACGGCUCUCGAGCCCGAUGUUGCUUUUUUUUCUUUUUCCUCGGCUUUUUCCCUUUCUUCCCUUUCCCCCCGGCACCGCGGUGACAGCGAGGCACCCCGCGCCUCACCUCGGCAGGCGUCGGGCCCCGCUCUGUGCUGUGAGGAACGGGCAGGAGGAGUCGUCCUUCCCUUUGUACGUCCCUUCCCCAGCCCCUUCCCCCCGAGGUCUGCGUGCCGCUAUUCGCGCCCCGGAGCUCCCGCGGACGCGGCUAAUCCCGGCUUUUGAAGCCGCGGAACGCUUCUCGCGGCCGGCCCCGGUACCUGUAAUUGAAUUGGUGUGACUGACUGCUGCCCGCCCUCCCCAUCGCCCUGGCAACCGCUCGUAGCCCGGCGGGACGGCCGCCUUCGGCCGCGCCUCGGCUCGGGCUACUGGCCGCGGAGGGGCGGCUGGCACGGCGCGGCCCUGGCGCAGAAAGGGGGCCGCGGUCAUCCCCGCUCCGCCCGCCGCGCCCCUCGGCCUGCGGGCCGCACCACGAAGUGAAGUUGUUGCCCCUCACCCCCUCCCCCCACACACGCCCCCGCCGCUUUGCUUCUCUAAUCCGGCGCCGUUGUUUCGGAGCUCCUGUGCUGUCGUGAGAGCUCGUGGCGGCGGCUGCCGGCGGCGCUGGGGCUGUGUGGUGCGAGAGCCCUCGGUCGCUCUGCUGUGGAGGUCCGGGAGCGGCCGUGAGGCGGUGCUCUGCCUGCCUCCCGGCUGGCUCUCCCUCGGCCCUUUGUCGGUCCAACGGACUGUUCAGGUGCCCGAGGCAUCUCACGCCCUUCACCUGGAUGGAGUCGCCAGUGUGUCUGGUCUGACAUGGCCACUUUGGCUGGACAGCAUCUGGGAAUACACGCUCAGCCACAAAGUCCUGAGUUUCAGAAAAGAAAUGGAGCAAGUUCAGUAGCUAUCCACUCUAACAUCUUAAUGAUAUCUUAAGGAAUCUUACAAUGCUUAUUUUGAAUUGAGAAAAUGACUGCAGAUAUAGAAGAAAGUUGUUGGAAAAGAGUACCUGUCAAAAAGUGGAACAUCCAGUAGUAUAAAAUAAGUAUACUUGUUAUGGUGCAAUUCUGGAGUGGAGUUAACCCUAUAGCACACAGGUAGCCCUCCAAGGAGAGAGAGGAAAAAAAAGCUUUCUGUUUUUCUAAAUUAUGGAAAUUUUUUGGAAGACGUGGACAUGGAUUCUGAGCCUAGUCAUGGUUUCAUCGGAAUUUCACAGUGACAGCAGGCUUUCAUACAGUUCUCAAGAGGAAUUCCUGUCUUACCUUGAACACUACCAACUAACAAUCCCAAUAAGGGUUGAUCAAAAUGGAGCCUUCCUCAGCUUUACUGUGAAAAAUGCUAAACCCUCAAGAAGGAGAAGGAGCACAGACCCUUAUGACCAAGAACUGUCAGCAUCUAAAUUAUUUUUUAAACUCUCUGCCUAUGGCAAGCACUUUCAUUUAAACCUGACUCUCAACACAGAUUUGGUGUCUAGACAUUUUACAGUGGAAUACUGGGGGAAAGAUGGUCCUCAGUGGAAGCAUGAUUUUUUAGACCACUGUCAUUACACAGGAUAUUUGCAAGACCAACACACUACAACUAAAGUGGCUGUAAGCAACUGCAAUGGUCUGCAUGGAGUUAUUGCUACAGAAGAUGAAGAGUAUUUUAUCGAGCCUUUAAAGAAUGUAACAGCUAAUUCAAGUAACUUCACUUAUGAGAAUGGUCAUCCCCAUGUCAUAUACAAAAAGUCUACCAUGCGCCAACACCUUCUAUACGAUCAUAGUCGCUGUGGAGUCUCAGAAGACCUCACAAGAAGCAGUAAACCUUGGUGGAUGAGUGAUGGAUCUGCUUUUCCAACUUCGCUUCCUGUCAAUGACACAUUAAGUAGUCAUAGUCGACAGAAGAGAUCAGUAAGCCUUGAGCGGUUUGUGGAGACGCUGGUAGUAGCAGACAAAAUGAUGGUGGGAUAUCAUGGUCGCAAAGACAUUGAGCACUACAUUUUGAGUGUAAUGAAUAUUGUUGCCAAACUUUAUCGUGAUUCCAGUCUAGGAAACGUAGUGAAUAUAAUAGUGACACGUUUAAUUGUCCUCACUGAAGAUCAGCCAAACUUGGAGAUAAACCACCAUGCAGACAAGUCCCUCGAUAGCUUCUGUAAGUGGCAGAAAUCCAUUCUCUCCCACCAAAGUGAUGGAAACACCAUUCCAGAAAAUGGGAUUGCCCACCAUGAUAAUGCGGUUCUUAUUACUAGAUAUGAUAUCUGCACUUAUAAGAACAAACCAUGUGGAACUCUGGGCUUGGCCUCUGUGGCUGGAAUGUGUGAGCCUGAAAGGAGCUGCAGCAUUAAUGAAGACAUUGGCCUAGGUUCAGCUUUUACCAUUGCACAUGAGAUUGGUCACAAUUUUGGCAUGAACCAUGAUGGAAUAGGAAAUUCCUGUGGGACCAAAGGUCAUGAAGCAGCAAAACUAAUGGCAGCUCAUAUUACAGCAAACACCAAUCCUUUCUCUUGGUCAGCCUGCAGUCGGGAUUAUAUCACCAGUUUUUUAGAUUCGGGCCGUGGUACUUGCCUUGAUAAUGAGCCUCCCAAGCGUGACUUUCUUUAUCCAGCUGUGGCCCCAGGUCAGGUGUAUGAUGCUGAUGAACAAUGUCGCUUCCAGUAUGGAGCAACAUCCCGCCAGUGUAAAUAUGGGGAAGUGUGUAGAGAGCUCUGGUGUCUCAGCAAAAGUAACCGCUGUGUUACCAAUAGUAUUCCAGCAGCUGAAGGUACUCUUUGCCAAACAGGAAGCAUUGAAAAGGGGUGGUGCUAUCAGGGAGAGUGCGUUCCUUUUGGCACUUGGCCCCAGAGCAUAGAUGGGGACUGGGGUCCGUGGUCAAUAUGGGGAGAGUGCAGCAGGACCUGCGGUGGAGGAGUCUCCUCAUCAAUAAGACACUGUGACAGUCCAGCGCCUUCAGGUGGAGGCAAAUAUUGUCUUGGAGAAAGGAAGAGAUAUCGCUCCUGCAAUACCGAUCCAUGUCCUGCUGGGGCCCGUGACUUUCGAGAAAAACAAUGUGCAGAUUUUGACAAUAUGCCUUUCCGUGGAAAGUAUUACAACUGGAAACCCUACACUGGAGGUGGGGUUAAACCAUGUGCAUUAAACUGCUUGGCUGAAGGUUAUAAUUUUUACACUGAACGUGCUCCUGCAGUAAUAGAUGGGACUCAGUGCAAUGCUGACUCACUGGAUAUCUGUAUCAAUGGAGAAUGCAAGCAUGUAGGUUGUGAUAAUAUUUUGGGGUCUGAUGCUAAGGAAGAUAGAUGUCGUGUUUGUGGAGGAGAUGGGAGUACAUGUGAAGCCAUUGAAGGUUUCUUCAAUGAUUCAUUGCCCAGAGGAGGCUACAUGGAAGUGAUUCAAAUUCCAAGAGGUUCAGUGCACAUUGAAAUAAGAGAAGUGGCAGUGUCCAAGAACUACAUUGCUCUAAAAUCUGAAGAGGAUGACUACUAUAUUAAUGGUGCCUGGACUAUUGACUGGCCAAGAAAGUUUGAUGUUGCUGGAACAGCUUUCCAUUACAAGAGGCCAACAGAUGAACCAGAAUCUCUGGAAGCGCUAGGCCCUACUUCGGAAAAUCUCAUAGUCAUGAUUCUGCUACAGGAACAAAAUUUGGGUAUAAGGUAUAAAUUCAAUGUUCCCAUCUCUCGCACUGGCAGUGGAGACAAUGAAGUUGGCUUUGCCUGGAAUCAUCUACCUUGGUCAGAAUGUUCUGCCACUUGUGCUGGAGGUGUGCAGAAACAAGAGGUGGUGUGUAAAAGGUUGGAUGACAACUCUGUUGUACAAAACAAUUAUUGUGACCCUGACAGUAAGCCUCCAGAAAACCAAAGAGCCUGCAACACUGAGCCUUGCCCACCUGAAUGGUUUAUAGGAGAUUGGUCAGAAUGCAGUAAGACCUGUGAUGGAGGAGUGCGUUCACGAACAGUUCUCUGUAUCAGAAAGAUUGGACCUUCUGAGGAAGAGACACUGGACAGUACCAACUGUUUAACACACCGGCCUAUUGAGAAAGAGCCCUGUAACAAUCAGUCCUGUCCCCCGCAGUGGGUCGCUUUGGACUGGUCAGAAUGCACACCAAAAUGUGGCCCUGGAUUUAAGCAUCGAAUUGUUCUGUGCAAAAGCAGCGAUCUUUUAAAAACUUUUCCAGCUGCUCAGUGCCAAGAGGAGAGCAAACCUCCAGUCCGCAUCCGCUGUAGUUUAGGUCGAUGUCCUCCUCCUCGCUGGGUUACUGGAGACUGGGGACAGUGCUCUGCACAGUGUGGUCUUGGACAACAGAUGCGAACAGUACAGUGCCUCUCAUAUACUGGACAGGCAUCCAGUGAGUGUUCGGAAACACAUAGACCUCCAUCAAUGCAACAGUGUGAAAGUAAAUGUGACAGUACUCCCAUUUCCAACACAGAAGAGUGCAAAGAUGUGAACAAAGUGGCAUAUUGCCCACUGGUGCUGAAGUUCAAGUUCUGCAGUCGUGCAUACUUCAGACAGAUGUGCUGCAAGACCUGCCAAGGACACUGACCCACAGAAAGCAUGAGAAUGUGCCUUGUUAUUAUCAUUGUGGAAGAGUGUCUAUUGAGGAGAGCCACACAGCGGAAUAAGAUUGACGUCCUUGGAAAUGCAUUACCCUGUGGAAAACGUAACCACUGGUCAGCCCCAGCUGACAGGAUUUCAAUAUUAUUUUAACUUCUGUGAAGUGGGAUUUAUUCAUCCAAAGUGCUGGACACAGUAUAAGGAGGGCAUGCCAAAUUGGAAAGAUCCACAUAACACAUAUAGAGUAGCUUACUGUGGAACAUUUGUGUUCUUUUGACUCAAUCCAAUAGUCUGUUUACCUCCUUGGACCAUUAAAAUAAUUUUUAUUAUGGACUUAGCAAUGACACUGAAUCCAUUUGUAUUUAAAACUGUUUAAAAUGUAGCUGUUAUGACUUGGUCUACUAUGGAAGUAAAGAAGAAUCAAAAAAAUGUUAAGUCAUAGCUUAAAAAUGAAAACUAUUUUAUCUCGUGACACAGCACCACAACUUAAAUUAUAGAAUGAGUUUGGAAAUGUUAUUUAAGGAGCACAAAUUUAAAAAAAAAAAAAAAAAAAGUAUUUUUUCCUUCAUUCCACCUAAUUCCCUUUGGAGUAAUCCAUAUUUCCUGAACACUGCUGUGAGCCACAUAUAAAGCUAUACUCAAUAGAACAACCAUGAGGGACUUUAUUUUAAAAGGUGCAACAGUUAUUGCAGUGGUGCAUGAAGUACGAGUAUGCUAUGAAAUGAAAUGAAAUCUGUGUUGCAGUUUUAUAACCUUUGUACAAGCGAAACGGAGGUGUCCACUAAAAGGGAACAUAUUUCAAUUCCAUGGGGGAGGCAGACUCCAAUGGUAGUGAAGACUGUAUUGCCAGUUCUUUCACUACUACUGUACAGCUUGCUUAGAAUGUAAGACUUUGACUCCAGUGCACUUUUGUUUACAUCACUAUCCACAGAGAAGAAACAAUUUAGUGGGCAUCCAGAUCUAUUCUAUAUGUUACUUUUGAUCCUCCAAGACCAAGAAGUAUCAGUGUGAAAGAUAAGCCUACUGUGUAAUAACAACUAUCCUUUGCAAAGCUGAAAGUUAAAUGGAUUCCAGAUAUUCCCUUCUUUGAUACUGUAACAGAAGGGUAUUAUUUGUUUAUGAGGAAGAAUAUGUGAGUCUGCAGUUCAGGAGACCAUAUCAUAGUAGACAAGGUUACAACCAAAGACUUGUGGGGAUAUAUAGAUUCUGUUAAAAUGAGAAGUCAGGAAUGUGCUUGAGCUGGGGUACAUGCCAGGCUAUUAGGGGUAAGGCACACUGGAAAAGGGGUGGCUAGAAAUAAGUCUGGCCACCUUGACCUGAAUGGCCAAGUACACAUUUCAAGCUGGAUCAUAUUUAAAGCUUGAGGCAGCUUUCAGUAUGAGACUGGAAGAAAAUCCUGUCUCUGGAUUAGUAGCUAGAUUCCAUAUGAUUUUAACUAUUUCAACUAUUCUGCUGCCAUAAUCCACUUACUUCAUAUUAACAUAAUUUUAAUACUCACCAAUUACCUUGCAUUUUCAAAUGUGAAACCAAACUACUUAGACAAUUCAUAUUCAAGAAUCUACCAUUAAAAAAGCAAAAUGUCGUACUCUUCUUCCCCUUCACUUCUCAGUUACAGACUCAACAAGGAGACAAGAAAAGUGGGUACUAGUCUAUAUUAAUAUAUUGUACUUGAACACUUGCAGUUUGCAGCAGGUACUUGAUGAAUGUGCUUUUUGUGUCCAACUAUGCCUCCUUUGUUGUAGUGCAAUUAAAAUUAUGUGAACAAUAACGUGUUACAAAUUCUAACUCAAAUAGCACUUUUUUAAACAAGUACACUUUUCAGUGAAAAAUAAUUUCAGAAUAAGAAGAGAUUGAAGUGUAUCAGUGUAUUUUACCAAUAACAAGCCAAAUGUGUUGCACAGAAUUUACUAAUGUGAAUUAAAAUGGAAAAGUAGAUGCUAUUAAGAGGACUCGUACUAAGAAAUCCCCCUAAUAUACUGACAAUCUCUCAGUGGGGAUUUGUGUAAUCCACAUAUUCAUUACCAUCAAAAUUUUGUCAUCUGCUACCUCUUGCCAGUAUUUUCAUUUUGUUAUGCCUGUGACCAGUGGAACUCAUUUUCAGUUGGCUUGCCUUUAUUCAUGUAUGCUUAUCUGCUGCUCUGAUCACUAUGUAAACAACUCCUGUUAAAACUGACACCAGUAAACAGCCUUUGGGAGUUGCACAUAUGGAUCAGGGGCAGUUUGUAGUCCUUCUCAGUUAAGAGAAUCAACUUUCUUUGUUCUUUUGACAAAACACCUUGGUGCUAGCAUGCCCUGGUUAAGUCAAAAUACAAUAAAAGGGAAAGGCAUUGCUAUGGCAUUCUCUAAGCAAGAGGCCUCUCUGUAUCAGGGUCCGGUUUUCUCCAGGGCAUGAUUGUGUUUAUCAGAUAAUGUGUCUUUUCAGUUAACAAGAAAAGGGUUUUAUACAUAUAUAUAUUUUACCUCACCUAGGACAUGAAAAUGUAAGGAGUGUUUCCAAAGACACAUUUUGCUCUCUUACUGGUGCUAGAACACUAGGGAGUCCCGUGUUUACUCAAUGUAACAGCUCUGAGGCUGGAAUUUAAAGAACUCCCUGGAGCAACAUUGAAUUGUAUUGUUAAAGGGAACAAAACAGAAUGUAUGUGGAUUUACAAACUAAGCAACACUUCAGACUAAUUCAAAGAAAAAUAAUUGGUUUCCACAGCACAGUUCAUUGCUGCUGCUACGCUGUAGCCAACUAUGUAAUCUAAGCUAAAUAGUGUUAUAUUCCUAAAUAGUGACAAUAGGACUAUUUGUAUAGGCUAUAAAUAUGACAGGCCUAGAAUCAAAUAGUAGAAUAUUAAAUACAGAUAUCAGUCUGGUGCCAGUACUUUCACUGAGCGAUGCUAUCAGCUGAAGAAGAUCAAAACAAAGAAAAACCUACAGAUUAACCCCUUAAGGUGUGUACACCCCAAAAUAGGCCAUUUUGUUAGGAACUUUGUAAUGGAGUGAAUGUUACAUAGAUAUCCUUAAUAAUACAGACUGAAAUUACCUUUGUAUUAUUGUGAUUAGUUGCUUAUUAUUUUAUACUCAGUAUUAAUGUGGUACACUGUUACUUUAUUAUUAUUAUUUUUUGCUUUUUGUAAAUUAUAUUCUAAUUUAUUGUCAUGUUUCUUAACACUUGUUGUACAUGCAAUCUUCUGCUUUUAAUGAAAACAAAAAUAUUGUAACACUUGAUGCAGUGAAAUUCCACACCAGGCACAGAUUUGUUUUUAACAUAGACAAUUUAGUAAAAUAAAACUGCAGCUUUUAAGAAUGAUACCCAUGGUACUGUUGUCUGACUCGCAGUUGCUAGAAUUCUGUAUGCUUAAUGUUUGCUUCAUCAGAUGCAUCAAAAUAUAUACCUGACGAAAUGUUUUCUUUCAAGUAACGUCUAUACAUUAUGUCAGAAUUCUGUCAUUCAGCAGUUUGUCAUUCAUAAGCAAAAGAGUAAGGAAAAGGAAAAGUCAAGAAUAUGGUUGUGUACAUUAUUAAAUCAUAUUUUAGCCUAAGCAAUAAAUAUAGAUCAAGAAUGAGAUUAAUGGCAGCAAAAUAUCCUGUACUUCUUGAAAUUAUUUCAUUACCAGUCAGUCAACAAUAACAAUAAAAUGUCCUUCUUGCACUGAGCUUUUAAGGUUUUAUCUGAAGUUUAUCAGAAACCAUAAAUACAGAGGACAAAGUCAUUUCAGAGGACUUGGUGCUUAGGUCAUCACUGUUAAGAGAUGCUUCUUUUUCUUACGUGAUGCAAUUAAAAUAUCCUGUAUUGAAAUCUGUGAUAAAAUCCUGUUGAAUAUUUUCUGUUUCUCUAGAAUACCUUCUGUUUUCAUUAAAAUAGUUGCUUUUAAUAUGAGUUAGAGGCAAAAGAAAUUACAGAAACAAAAAUAUUUUGACAAGGCAUUUGAUAAUCUUGGCUUUUGUUUUUUUUUUAAUUCUGUUUACUAAUGAGGGUUCAAAAAACAACUGCAUAUUUCAAAGGUACCAAUAUUUCUAUCUACUGUCAAGUAGUAUUAUUGCCUUUCAGUUCAUAAAUUAAAGAUGGAACAGUCUUGAUAAAUUA